UUAAUAAGACCGAAACCUACAGGCCAAGUUUAUACAUUGUAAGUAAGAUGCACUCUCUCUGUUCUCCUCUCACUAACUAGUAGGAAAACUGGACUAAGUGCUUAUUUGGAAAACAACUUCUAUCUUACCAACGUCUUUCUUUUAGCCUGGAUAUCAGCAACACGUUCCACUGGAGAUCGCCCUCACAAUCCUGGCUAAUAAAGGCCCCAGAGUGCCAGAGAUCAUCCAGCUGCUGGACUGGAAGGACUACAAUGACCAUUUCGUCAUGAUCCUUGAAUGUCCCUCUCCUUGUGAGACUUUGGAAGACUUUGUGGGGCGUCAGGGUGGACGUCUCAACGAGAGCUUAGCACGGCGAGUCAUGAUGCAGGUGACUAAAGCUGCGAACGUGUGCUGCCAGCGCCAAGUGUUCCACCGUGACAUCAAACUGAGCAACCUUCUCAUCAACAACCAGACACUUGAAGUCAAACUAAUUGACUUUGGGUGUGGGGACAUUCUGAGGACAACUGUCUACAUGUCAUACUCUGGCACAGCAACAUACGUCCCUCCUGAGUUUCACAUAAAGGGAAAGUACCACGGCAAGCCUGCGACGGUUUGGUCACUGGGGGUUCUGUUAUUUAAAAUAGUGGCCGGAUAUUAUCCAAGUUUCUUAGAUCUGCACAUGCUCAAACUGCAUCUCUGGUCCAGAACUGGUCUGUCAAAUGAAUGCUGCAGAUUGCUCCGCGCUCUCCUGCAAAUAAAGCCAAAGAACCGAAUUCAGCUGGAGGAAAUCCUUUCCCACAAGUGGUUUACGGCCACCACAUAAGACCACCUGAGAAGUUGUUGUAUCUUCAGCUCUCCAAUGGUUCCUGCAAUAGUUGCAGCAGUAUCAGAGGCCCAGUCUACAACGUCUGUCCCCCGCAGUCCAAAACA